CAGGGUUAUCUUGAAUGGGAGAGGUGUGCAACGACCGACGCAGUAAUAUGUGGUAUCCUCUCAUAUGUACUGCUGCAUUCAUCGCCACAUUUUAUGUCUUAUUCCCUCCUCAUCACAGGGGGAAUUUUUAUAAAAAAAAGAGCGAGAGAGGGAAAGGGUCAUGUUGAUGUGACUUAUAAGCUAAAGACCUAUUCAGGCACAGAAGAAACCCAACUCGUUUUUCUCUUCUUUCCCUUCUUUCCCUCCCUCUCUCUCCCUCUUCCUUCCCUUGUUGCCGUCGUCUCUGUUUCCUCCACACCCGACCCCGACUUUUCUCCCUCUAUCGCUCUACCUUCUUCAUAAACCGAUUUCAAUAGCGAAACUACAAUAACAACAACAAACCAAAAUGGACAACGUAAUUGACCUUGUCAACAAAAUCCAAGACGUGUUCUCGACCAUUGGCGUCGGCAAUGACAGUCUCGAUCUACCACAAAUCAUAACUGUCGGUUCGCAAAGUGCAGGAAAGUCCUCUGUCCUAGAAAAUAUAGUCCAACGCGAUUUUCUACCGCGUGGUAGCGGCAUUGUUACUCGUCGUCCACUUGUGCUGCAACUCGUGACAUUACCAGCAGCUGCAACAUCAGAAGAUUACGGCGAGUUCCUUCAUGUGCCAAGCAAGCGAUUCUAUGACUUUCAGCAAGUGCGCGAGGAAAUUGAACAGGAUACGGCCCGGAUUGCUGGCAAUAACAAGGGUAUCUCACGACAACCGAUCCAUUUGAAGAUAUAUUCGAAAAAAGUCUUGAACUUGACCAUGGUGGAUUUGCCCGGUUUGACAAAGAUUCCUAUAGGGGAUCAACCUGCGGACAUUGAGAAGCAGAUACGAAGUCUGGUUCUGGAUUACAUUUCCAAGCCGAACAGUAUCAUUCUUGCUGUAAGCCCGGCCAACACAGACAUUGCCAACUCGGACAGCUUGAAAUUGGCACGAAAGGUCGAUCCAGCCGGCAAACGAACGAUCGGCGUCGUUACAAAACUAGACUUGAUGGAUGCAGGCACCAAUGCAUUAGACAUUCUAACGGGCCGUGCGUUCCCAUUGAAGCUUGGAUUUGUUGGAUUGGUCAACAGAAGUCAACAGGAUAUUUUGACGAACAAGUCGAUGGGGGACGCACUCAAGGCUGAGCAAGAAUUCUUUGAACGACAUGCAGCAUACAAAGGAAUUGCUGCCAGAUGUGGGUCGGCCUAUUUAGCCAAACAGUUAAACUCGAUCUUGGUGGCGCAUAUUCGGGAUAAGCUGCCCGACAUGCGGUCUAAAUUAAGUGCCAUGAUUGGCCAGACUCAGCAUGAGCUUGCCCAGUAUGGUGAUCCUGCCUUCAUUGGCAGCGCACACAAGGGUUCGCUGGUGCUCAAGAUGCUUACCAUGUUUGCAACACAAUUCACGGCAUCCAUUGAUGGCACGUCGCCCGAAAUAUCCACCAAAGAACUAUCUGGCGGUGCACGAAUCUACUUUAUCUUCAAUAACAUCUUUGGUCACGCACUGGAUGCCAUUAUCCCCUGCUCCAAUAUCACCAAUGACGAUAUCCGUACUGCCAUUCGCAAUUCCACAGGCCCUCGAUGCUCGCUCUUUGUCCCAGAGUUGGCAUUCGACUUACUCGUUCGACCACAAAUACGACUCUUAGAGGCACCUAGUUUGCGAUGCGUUGACAUGGCAUUCCAAGAAUUGUCCAAGAUCUGUCACACAUGUCAUACAAAGGAAUUGAUGCGAUUCCCAAAACUGCAUUCAAAACUGAUUGAUGUCGUUUCUGACUUGUUACACGAACGCCUUGGUCCUACCUCAUCCUAUGUCAAAAGCCUGAUUGAUCUUGAAUGCGCAUAUAUCAACACAAAUCAUCCCGAUUUCCCUGGUGCAACCGGUGCCAUGUAUGAAUUAGAAAAGAACAGAAAUAAAGGUCGUAAAAAGCAGGCUCAGCAGGAAACUCUGAAGGUAAAUGGUGUAUCACAAACAGCAGCUGAUCCUAUGCGCCGUACAGAACGCUCCUUGUCUGUAACAUCUUCUACGACCGGCGCAUCCGCGUCGUCACCAUCAAAAGAUUCGUUUUUGAACUACUUUUUCGGUGGCGCCGCACGAACAGAUCGACCAGCUCUCUCAGGAGCGCAUGAUAAGCAACACGCACAUCCAAUGUCACUAGCAACAGAAAUCGAAGGAGAACUAGAAUCACAUUUUGCAAACAACUUUACUUUGGAAUCAGGAGAAGACUUGCUUCUACAAUCAUCUGACAAGGAAGACAUGGAAGUGGAGCUGAUAAGGACCUUGAUUAUAUCCUAUUUUAAUAUUGUCCGUAAAACCAUCCAGGAUCUGGUUCCGAAAGCCAUCAUGCAUCUAUUGGUUAAUUUUACCCGCGAAUCGGUACAGAACCGGCUCGUGUCCGAGCUGUAUCGUGAAGAUCUCUUUAGUGAACUCUUACUAGAGGAUUCAGCUGUGGCUGCCGAGCGUACACGGUGCAAAGCCAUGCUGGACAUGUAUCGAAAAGCUUUCGGCAUCAUUAGCGAGUCCAUUUAGAAAAGGUGAAGAGGUGGAAGAUAUACAGUAGCGCAACAGUUAAUACCUAAUUACACAUAAAGAAUGCUCGUCUUUGUUGCAUGUUGGCAUGUUUGACUUGGUUUUGUAGCUUGCAUACAUUAAUCAAAGUUGUAAGGUUUUUAAUAAAAUUUGUUGAUCGCGAUGAUCAUGUUAUAGCGAUAAUAAUAGUAAUAGUAAUAGUAAUAGUAGUAAUAGGAUAAUAAUAGUAAAAAGAAACUGCAA